CUUUAACAUUUGAAUGUCAUUUCCUCUUCAACGUCUGCCCGGCGCGUGUCUCGAAGUAAGCCGAUUACUUUUAGAUAUAUAUUCUUCAACUCCGCGCACUUGAGCGAGCUUCGCGAUUGAGAGGCCAUCUCGAUACAAGUUUUUUCACUGCUUCAAGAUGCACACCUUCAGAGCUCCUCAGGAAGUACGAAAUAUCGUCAAAUGCGUCAUUCUACAUAUUAAAGACUUGGUCCAAAUACGUGACCGGAAAGGCUGGUGGAAACAUCAGUGGGAACUGCCACUUUCGCCCACCUGGGAGCAAGAUCAUCCCCAAUUCCACGAGUUUUACAAGGUAUACCUCAAAUGUUGUCACCCAACUGUCUGCUCCCUGUAUGAGGAUCAAGGCUUCCGCCUGGAGAUCACAAGCGACCCAAAAUUCCUUGUGACUACGGCCGGUCUCAAGGCAACUGGAAAUCAAGUGUUGGUUAUCAUGAAUGUUCAACUCUGCCAGUGCUGCAGAGAACAUGCCAGCAGAGAGAAAUCAGCUCCGACCUUGCCACAGAAUGCAGUUGCUCCGGCAGGCUCUCAUUCCCUCCACUCUGCUCCUGCCAACGUCGAGGAGCCAACCACUCGUGAUGGGGGUGUCUCCGUCGACUCGAACCAAAAUGACCCUGGGUUGCCAUCGACGGCAUUGCAACAGUCGCCAGCCCCUUUUCCCAUCGAAAAACUUAUCGAACCACGGGUUGCGGCCAUUUACCAGCCUUAUGAUUUGCAGGACGGCGAUGUUCUGACGGUUCAUGGGUCGGAGGGCGUGACAUUGCAGAGCGGGAGUUUUGGUUCAAUGAUUCUUGAAUGCAAACUAGUGAAAAUCGCGGAGAAUCAAGGCGAUGAGAACGACCCGGCAUUGAGGGCCUAAGCCAGGUCCAAUUCCGAAGCGGUGAAUCAAGAAUGCUAGAAAUUCGUCGUCGGCUCGUCGGCUGGUAGGAAUUCCGAUUGGGAUGGGUGAAACAAAUUGUAGUUGAAGUCGACAUCUUCGGCCAUGUUGAUCCAGAACGACCAGUCCAAGUCAUCGUAAGCCAUCUCCGUGGCAUUACUCGUUCGACCCUCUUCCGGCAAUAUCGUACCGUCGACCGACAAUGUUUGGUCAAUUCGAUCGUCUACAAAGUCAGCUCAGGUGUGACUGGGCCCGGGAACGAUACUCACCUUCGGGGCCUAGCCUAUCGAGCGGCUCCAUGUUCGGUUGAUCUAGACGGCGACGCUUGGUCCGGCCAAUGUUGUCGCUUUCGGGCUCCUCUAAAACACUUCCACUGACUGCAUGGGCUCUGAGAGCGGAAGGACAUUCUCCGGGGACUGGUGAAGCGUGGCAAGGAUCGCCACCGACGCCCACACCGGAGUCCCAUGAUAUAUGCUCGUCUCUUGCCAGCCGGGGCGCACCAACGACGGUUGUCUGGUUCACCGGCGUCACAGCCUCGAGGUUUUCGUUGUCGUUUAUUGCGUCUCUCUGUUGCGAAGGGAUGGCGGCCGGCGCCACAGCAGACGUGUUUCGAGGAGCACCGCCAGCCACUACUGGAGUGUGCCAACGCAAGGUGGCUUCGUCAACAACCGUCUUCAUUCUCCGAAGAAUUUCUGCUCCUCCAUUUUCUUUAGCGUGGAUUUUGAUUCCUUUUUCUAUUAACCGUCGAGAGAGGAUGUCAUGGAUGUCUCGAAAGCUUUUAUUCGGCAGGCCUAUAGCAACAAUCAUCCUGUCCAGAGUCAGCGGUGUACGAGAUCCACUGGGGCUCACGUACGCUUUGACCUCUCGAGGAAGGUGGAAAACUGCGCCCGGGUCUUCGAUAAAAUCUGAACAAAAGGUAUAUAUCUUGCUGCCGGAGAGGCUUCGUCGUCGACAGUUCGCAAUGAUGCUCCGUUUUUCCUCCUCUGCUUCGAGCUUGUCUUGAAUGUGAGCACAUUUUGAUUCGAAAAUUUGUUGGGCAAAUUCUUCCGGACUACUCUUUGAGGUAUACCAAUUCAUG